AUGAUUUUGGCGCCAGCGGGUCGGUCGUCGCGGGGAUUGUGCUGUGGGUCGGCGGCCGACGUCCAGGCGAAUAUCGCCGCCGAGGCCGGGGUGGAGAUCCCCAAAGAGUGCUUCGGAUGUGGCGUGAGGCUGCAGAGCCUGGACCCCGACAAGCCGGGGUAUUUCCAAAUCUCUAAGAAAGCUCUGGAAGAGCUUCGGCAGCAGCAAGCACAGGAAGACGCUGAAGUGCUGGCAGAUUCAGAAACAGAAGGAGUUUUGAAAGCGGAGGGCUGUGAAGCCCAGGAAGAUGCUGCAGUGGAGGGAGUUUUGAAGGUGGAAGCAGAUUUGAGUGUUGAUGGCAAGGGAGGCAGGAUGGUCAAGGCAGCCUUGCCUGCAGCUGACAGUGGUGAUUCUGAGGAGCUGAGCAAGGUGCUCAUGGGUACUGACCCAAAGGCUGACAAGGGACCCUCAGUUGAAGACCUAUUUAAUGCAUUCGAUGAAGGCCUGGAGAACUGGGGGCUUGCAUCCCCAGGCUCUGAGGAGCGCGAUGCAAUGGACUAUGCCAAGCUCAUGGACAAGAUCAGGGAAGAUGAGGCAGAAGCAGUAGUUGAGGAGGGUGUGAGCAGUGGCCUUAGGGUUCUGUGCACACGUUGCUAUUCGCUCAUAAACUAUGGAAAGGUGAAGAGCGAGGCAGGGGAGGCGCAGUUGCCAGAGUUCGACCUGGGCAAGCGGGUGGGAAGAAAGAUCCAGCUGCAGAAGGGCAGGAGGGCCAUUGUACUGUGUGUCGUCGACCUCGUCGAUUUCGAUGGUUCUCUCCCAAGGGAGGCGAUCAGGUCGCUGCUGCCUGUAGGAGCUGACGAGGCUCCGAUGGGCUUCCGGUUGAUUCUCGUGGCCAGCAAAGUGGAUCUGCUCCCCAAGGUCGCGUCUAGCAGAAGACUACAGGACUGGGUCCGCAUGCGGGCGCGGCAGGGCGGCUUCCCGCCUCUGGCCUCGGUGCACCUGGUGAGCUCCACGCAGCAGAGCGGCGUGCGGCCCCUCCUGCUGGACGUCGUGCGGUCCGCGGGCGUGCGCGGCGACGUCUGGGUGGUCGGGGCGCAGAACUCCGGCAAGAGCUCUCUCAUCAACGCCCUGCGCAAGGCCUCCCGCGCCCGCGACAGAAGGUCGCUGACCACGGCCGCGCUGCCUGGCACGACGCUGGGGCUGGUGGAGGUGAAGGGCCUGCCGCUGCCGGAGAAGUGCCGCGUAUACGACACGCCAGGCGUGUGCCAUCGGCACCAGCUGUCGGCCAAGCUGCCGUUCGAGGAGGUGCGCAUGCUCCUUCCGCGGCGCAGGCUCAGGCCGCGGACGUACCGCGUGGGCACGGGCCACACGCUGCUGGUGGGUGGCGUCGCGCGGCUGGACGUCCUUGCCUGCCCCUCCAGCACGCUGUACAUAACCCUGUGGGCAUCUGACGAGGUGACAUGCCACAUGGGGAAGACGGAAAGCGCUGAGGAGCGGAGAGCGGCGCACGGGGGGGAUCGGCUGCGGCCGCCGAUUGGGGGCGAGGGGGAAGGCGAGGCGGCGCGGGAGGUGCGCCUCGAGCCCUGCGUCGUGGAACUCGAGGGGUCGUCCUGGAAGGCCAGCUCGGAGGACGUCCACAUCGCGGGACUGGGGUGGAUAGGCGUUGGGCUCGUGGGAACGGCCAAAUUUCGGGUCUGGGCCCCACCAGGCGUGGCAGUGACAACGCGGAGGGCACUGAUGCCAGACUACGCCACGAAGUUCGAAAAGCCCGGAUUCAGCGGCGUGGCAGAAAAGGGGGGCAAAGAGAAAAAGCAGAAAAACAAGAAACGAACGUGA